UUGCAACCAGCUCGCGACACACAGUUUCAUCGAGCUCAGUCCCUCCAGACUCCAAAUGCGACCAGCACAAAGCCAUGGGGGCAAUCUUUGAGAGGGAGACGCAUGACACAGAUGUGGGUGAUGCGGCUUUGGCGGCGGUGAAGGUAGCCAAUGCUGUGGCGCACAAGCAGGCAGCCUAUGACAUGGAGCUGGCCAAGCAUGCCACGCAUGCGGCACUGGAGAUGGACAACACCCGGAGAUUGGUGGAGCGCUACAUCCUGGGAAACGAUGUCCUGACCAUCAGCGAUGUGGAACCCUUGGCGGGGCAGGUGGAGGGCGGUGGACCGCCAAACUACUCUGCCUUUCCGUAUCCCUUGGAAUCCGAAGGUUGGCCGACGAACUAUCCAGUACCGGAGCCACCCACCCUGGACAAGGUAUAUCUCUUACCAGAGAAGACAAAAAUUGCUUGGGCUCCGCUGCUGGUGGCAAACCCAGUGCCCCAUCACCAAAAAGCCGCGUUGUUGGCCAUGUAUGCAUCUCCCCCGUCUGAGCCGCGGCGGGAACGCUUGGGAGCACAUUUCUUGUAGCAGCGCAAUCCAAGUGCUCAAAGUAGCACUCAAAAUGGUCCUCCUCUUGGGGCUUCCCAAGACACAUGAUAUUUGUUGUGCUGGUCAAAAAA